AUGAAAUUAUUUUUUUCGGGCUCUCCAAUUGAGUCUGGGCUUUCUUCUGUGAGUUGGACUCCUUUUGCAGAUCGGAUUCUCAAUUGGUGUAGGCUUCUGACUGUUGUUGGAGUUGGAUUCCCAGUAGGAAAGAGCUUGAGAUUCCUUCUUGACCCGGGCUGUCCAACUUGUAUAAAUACAGGGCUUCUCUUCACUCUUUCUUACAUCGCAAACUUAACUUCUUUACUUUCUAGCUUGAGAAAGAUCUUGGAGAAUUUUGUACUGCUUGUCGAAGAGAGGAGUUGCCGUGCAUCCCAAAGUAAGUCGAGCACGUAA